UGUCUUUAAACUCCCCAGCAAUAUGGACAAUACCAUAACAGGUCAUGACGAACGAGAGUAAUGUCUGGAGCACAAUCUGCGACACAAAAUAUAAAGUCGUCGUGUCAAAACUUCUUCUUGUGAGCGACGCUAAUCUUAAAGGUCAGUAGACGGCGGUAAUGCACCUACCAACCACCAAUUACUACCAACGAAGAAGAGAAAUAUCCGGCAUCAGCCAUCACCUUUUUCGGUGCUUGGGUCCACAUUUAGCAAGUCAAGACGUUGUUUUAUGAAAUAUUGACUGAACAAACUUGCCAUUUGUAGCUACAUAAGAAAAGAUCAACAUGACAGAGGCCAUUCAAAAGAAAUUAAACAGCGAGUUAGAAAAAUAUACUCAGAUGCAAAAAGAUGUUAGCAAGAGCAUGUCAGCCCGACAGAAGCUGGAAACGCAGCUAGCAGAGAACAAUAUCGUAAAAGAGGAGCUUGAUCUAUUAGACAGUGCAAAUACAGUGUUCAAAUUGAUUGGCCCUGUUUUGGUAAAACAAGAUUUGGACGAGGCCAAAGCGACUGUGACAAAAAGGCUGGAAUACAUCAAUGGAGAAAUUACAGUCACGGGUAAGCUGAAGCUACCCGAAUUGACUUGUGGAUGGGAGGUGGGUACACCCUGGGCUGAUCGCCAGGCAACUGCAGGGCACAUCAGAUGACCAUGCAAUCACAUUAACACUUAUGGACAAUUUUAUGUAUUCAGUUAACCCAGUGCUUCUCAAUUAUUUUCUGUUACGCCCCCCCCCUAGCAAGAAGAAAACUAUUGUCCCAGUUCUUUAUCUUUAAUGCUCGCUAUGCUAAUAGUAAUAACCAGGAGGCUGCCUUCUCAAUUUAACUGUUUGAUGUAUGCCAGAAAGACCGAUACACAGCUAUGGAGUCUUCUCUGCGAGAUAACCCCUACCUCUAAGAUCCCUACUCUUAUGCUACUUUUGGCCACCCUCCUGCAAGGUGGUGACUCUGCCUACUCUGUGUGAUCAUGUGUGACCUUGCAGUCUUAACUGAGAUCAACUCAUGUGUGUGCAAAGAGUGUCGUAGAGAUGGGUCAAGGAUAACGACAUAGCUCAAGCUACCUAGCUAAUCACAUGUGCCAAAGAGGCCUAUUCUAACAAGGGCGUACCCCAGCUCCCACUCAAACUCAGCCAGGAUAGAUUCCAGCUCUGAAGCACUGAACUAAAUGAAGCUUAAUUCGCUUCAACAUACGUCAUUGACACGAAGAUUCCACCAGGUGGCAUCAAAACAAAACCGUUAUUGCUUUGUCCUGGCGCAGAAAUAUUUGUCCAAAACACAUUCGUAAAAUGUAAAGUGCUCUACCACAAAAGUGAGCAAGGUCCUCCUCUUGAAAGGUCUUAAAAAUGUUUUCAGUCUAGCUGGAAA